CCUCUCCUACGCCCACAUCGAGCCCCAACGCGCCCGCACGCUCGCCCGCGACCAGUGCGUCCGCGACUACCUCCGCAAGAAGUACGACAAGUAGCUCGUACCCCCUCCCCCGCUGCCCCGCCCCGAUCAAUCAAUAACUCUCUUGGCGAUGGCUUUGGCGCCCGCGAGCUCAGGAGGCGGAUCGGUGAUCGCGGAGGUGGAAAUGAACGCCGCCGCCGCCGCCACCGUGCGGGCCACCGUCGUGCAGGCGUCGACCGUGUUCUACGACACCCCCGCCACCCUCGAUAAAGCGGAGAAAUUGAUAGCAAAGGCAGCUGGAUAUGGUUCACAGUUUGUUCUGUUUCCGGAAGUUUUCAUUGGUGGGUACCCUCUUGGAUCUACCUUUGGACUGACUAUCGGCAAUCGCUCUGCCAAGGGAAAGGAAGACUUUCGGAAGUAUCAUGCAGCUGCCAUAGAUGUGCCUGUUUACGGACAUUUGACGUAUGCAGGCUCAGAGGUGUCCCGCUUAGCUGCGUUAGCCGGAAAAUACAAAGUCUUUUUGGUGAUGGGGGUGGUUGAAAGGGCAGGCUAUACACUUUACAACACUGUGCUCUUCUUUGAUCCUCUGGGCAAAUACCUAGGAAAGCACCGCAAGCUCAUGCCUACUGCACUGGAACGAGUAUUCUGGGGAUUUGGAGAUGGAUCUACAAUACCUGUCUAUGAUACUCCGCUUGGAAAAAUUGGUGCUCUCAUCUGCUGGGAAAACAGAAUGCCACUUCUCAGGACAGCCAUGUAUGCCAAAGGUGUUGAGAUAUAUUGUGCUCCCACUGCUGAUUUCAUGCCAAGUUGGCAGGCUUCUAUGACACACAUUGCCCUUGAAGGAGGAUGCUUUGUCCUGUCAGCAAACCGGUUCUGUCGUAGAAAAGACUAUCCUCCCCCACCUGAGUAUACGUUCGGGGGCCUCGAUGAAGAGCCAUCCCCAGAAUCUAUUGUUUGUCCUGGAGGGAGUGUCAUCAUUUCACCAUCUGGAAGAGUAUUGGCAGGUCCCAACUACGAAGGCGAGGCCCUUCUUACAGCUGACCUGGACCUUGGGGAGAUUGUUCGAGCCAAGUUUGAUUUCGACGUGGUGGACCACUACUCGCGACCUGAGGUGCUGAGCUUGGUGGUGAAGACCGAUCCAAAGCCCGCUGUCUCUUUUACUUCUGCCGCAGAGAAGACUUCAGCUGGAAAGAGCGACGACAUUUUGAAGACCUAAUGACCAUGCUUCUUCAAUCGCCGUAUAUAACAAUUGCAGCUGGCCGCUGCAUCACAAUAAUUGUGGCCUUUUGUUUCUUGUAAAGAUGGGACGUGCCAGAAUAAACUGUUUUGAUCAGUGUGAUGGAUUCUAUCCUAUAAGUCUGGCAAUCGUGUCUGUUUUCUGCU